UUGAAAGAACUGACCAGAGAUCAGAAGUUUGUGAACAACCGUCCGCCCCUUUAUGGUUUUCACUUUUAUGAAACCUAACCUGGGCUGCCGGUUGUUCCGAGAUAAAGUUCUACAAACCCGAGCCGUCAGAUCGGCACACAGUCUUAUUCAGAGAGAAACCGGACCGAAACCGCGAGGACCUCGUUGUUACCGGGUGAGUGUCAGCCAAUGGCAGCCAUGCAGAGCAGCCUGGAGGCUGAACCUGUGCAGUUCAAGGACUUUUGUCUCAGAUCUUCCACCGCCUCCAUCAGGAGGUAAAUUCAAGGGUUUUGGGCCCGUCACGUGGAAAUCUUUAGCGGUGACGUUUGCUGUCGGAGGCGCUCUGCUGGGAGGGAUGAAAUAUUUAAAGAAAGAGAAACUGGAGUUGAUGGAGAAGGAGAGGAACAGAUCCAUCGGCAGGCCGGCGCUGGGCGGUCCCUUCUCGCUCAUCGAUCACAACAAGAAGCCCACGACGAACGAGGACUUCCUGGGCCAGUGGAUCCUCAUCUACUUCGGCUUCACGCACUGCCCCGACAUCUGCCCCGACGAAAUCGAGAAAAUGAUCGAAGUGGUGGACGAGAUCAAUGACAUCAAGUCUUUUCCUCAGCUGACGCCCGUCCUCAUCACCAUCGACCCUGACAGAGACACUCCAGAGGCCUUGGCUGCUUAUAUUCAAGAGUUUUCCCCGAAGCUGAUCGGACUGACGGGGACGUCGGCGCAGGUGGAGGACGCCUCCAGAGCCUACAGGGUCUACUACAGCCAGGGCCCGAAGGACGAGGACAGCGACUACAUCGUGGAUCACAGCAUCAUCAUGUACCUGGUGGGACCGGACGGAGAGUUUGUCGAUUAUUACGGACAAAACAAACAGAGCACAGAGAUCGUCGCCUCCAUCGCGGCUCACAUGAGGAAACAAAGGAACRGGAAGUGAAGAGCGGCUCGUUUAAACCUUUUCUCUUCACCGCUGCCGUCAAAUAUCCUGAUUUUAUUUCAUAUUUAAGAGUUUAAUGUAUAAAAACAGUCAUGUUUCAUUCAGCUGCUGGCCGAUUUUAAAUCAGUUCUUUUCUUUUUUGUAAAAAGCCACGUGUCUGGACUCUGUCAGCUGACAGGAAGUCAAGAUGAAAACAAGGAGGAUUAAUUUUUGUCGAACCUAAAGAAGUUCUUCUUGUUCACAUAAAAAGGUCUGGAUUUGAAAAACUCUCUGAGGGACAAUAAAUGAGACCAAAGCAGA